AUGCUGCCAGGAACAACUGAACGUCUUGAAGAUGCCGGUUGUUCUCCUCCACUUUUACCAGCAAGCCCUGAAGCUCCUCUGUACCCAUAUCAAGCUCCCGAGCCAAGCCUCUCCCGUCGCAAGCAUCUUGAACUCGAGUACAAAAAGCAGGUCGCAAUGCUGCUACACGGAUACACAAAACGCUUCUCGCCGGACACGCCGCCUUUUCUCGGAUUCGCCAUGAGCUUCAACGACCCGCCACCCGUCUGGCGCGUAUUACCCUGCUGCCAAGCUUGCACCGGUGCGCACCACCUACGGGAUUGCAUGAUCUACGCGACAGCCGAGGAACGAAUUCUCUGCCUGCAGCUCCAGAAUAGGUCCCUCACCUGCCUCUGGCAUCGUGUAAACCGCGGAAAAGCCUGUCAGGAAGUGAGGUUUUGCGCGGUGUGCGUACGGAGGCGGAAGAAAACGGAGGAGGACCUGGUGGAAACUUUGCACAACACCGCGUUGUGCCCACACUUCUUCACCAUCGAGCGGGCAGUUUAUCAGAAGCGGCAGCACUUCAAUGGGGCGCCGCCAGGUCAGCAGGAGCGCAAGAAGCAAACUUUUAUCGGUUUC